AUGGUACCGUGGCAGCAAGAUAUCCCAGCCCUCCGCGCAGAGGUCAAUGGCGAGGUUUUGCUUCCCGGCGACGAGGGAUAUGAAGCCAGUUUGGUCCGGUGGUCCGUCGUCUGCAUCAAACCAGCGGCUCUGGUUGUCAAACCGCGGUCGGCUCAAGACGUGUCCGCUGCGAUCCGCUUCGCAACGGCUCAUGAGAUUCCCUUCACGACCUGCAGCGGCGGCCACUCCACCGCGGGGACCUCCUCGUCUGACGGCGGUAUGGUAAUCCACCUGGAGCUCAUGCACGACGUGUUCGUCGAUGUCGGGAAGCGCCUCAUCACCUUUGGCGGCGGCUGCACCUGGAAGGAGGUCGACGCCGAGGCGUGGAGGCACGGCCUCGCGACUGUCGGCGGCACCGUCUCGCACACGGGCGUCGGUGGUCUCAUCCUGGGCGGCGGACAGGGCAUGCUAAGCGGCCAGCACGGCGUCGCCGUCGACUGCCUAGUCGAGGCGGAGGUGGUGCUCGCCGACGGGGCUAUCGUCACCGCUUCCGAGACGGAGAACGCGGACCUUUUCUGGGGCCUCCGAGGCGCCGGCGCGAGCUUCGGGGUCGUCACGCGCUUCACCUCGGAGGUUUUUCCGCAGGGGAGGAUCUGGUCAGGACCCCUCAUGUUCCCGAUAGCCAAGCUACCUGAGCUCGUCGCGUGGACGAACGCCUUCGUGGAGAGGAUGGACGAGAGGCAGUUUAUGAUCAUUGGGUUUACUUACGGCCCGCCCUCUCGUUCGACCCCCUUGAUUAUGGUUCAGCCAUUCCACAACGGAACGGGAAAAGAGGCCGUUGAGGGCGCAUUCAAGGGUCUCAUCGAACUGGGUCCCAUAAUGAACAUGACGAACGAGAUGGAUUACCCGGUGGCAAACACGAUGUCCGACAAGGUUUUUGCGCAUGGCUCAAGACGAAUAACCGGAGGCACCACCGUCACCGCGCCAUUGGAGCUGUCCAAAUGGGAAGAACUGAGCAGAGACUUCUACGCUUACAUCGAUGCGGAGACGGAGCAAGGAAACGAUAUGCGGGCCAGCCUCCUCGGCGUGGAAAUCUAUAAGAAGGACAAGGUGGCCAGCGUCCCGCUCGGGGCAACAGCCUACUCGAACCGCGGCAUGUACUUUGACGUCCUGGUGCUGGCGUCUUGGACGGACCCGGACAAGGACGGGUCCAUCCGGCGAUGGCACGGCGAGCUGGCCCGGAGGAUCAAGGAGGGGAACCACAGGGGCGAGGACGAUGGCGUGGGGCAGUACAACAACUACUCGUGUGUCGUGGUGGAUGUGAAGCAGGGCUUCGGAGACAAUGCGAAGAGGUUGGUGGAGUUGAAGAGCAAGUUUGAUCCGGCGAACCGGUUCGCGAAGAGUCCUUGGAAGAUUGUGGCGCCAUAG